AUGGAUAUGGGACUGCCGAAAGAAGGCACUAUGGACUCUGAUACCAGUCCUGCUAGAUCUGUAACUCAGCUGUUGAAAGAAACUGGAGCUGUCUCCAACGAACAGCCUGUCCAAUCAAGUCCACAGUCAACUAAUUCGACACCGUCGUCGGAAUCGCUGAAACUGCCGACCUCAUUGAGUCGUAGAUCCAGGCGCAAUUCCGCUGCAAAGUUGGAUGUCCCAACUCCCGGCGAUGAAGAUGGUGUCAAGAUACAAGAACUGGACGAGGUCUCAUGUGCUUCCGUCUUUGUAGCUGAUGUCAAAGAAACCACCGACGGGGACGAUGUUGGAUCAGGAAGAAUGUCUAUGGCAUCUCUUGAUAGUUCUGAUCCUAGGAUGUUGAAACUGAAUGACUGGAAGUAUUCAAGAUUCACCGAAUUUCAAAAGUGGAGCACACUGGUGCUUAUAUCGAGUGCUGCGGUGCUCGUUCCACUCAGUACAAAUAUAUAUUACCCAGCUUUGAUUACCAUCCAACAAGAAUUCAACACGACAGCAACAAUGGUAAACCUUACAGUGACAUGCUACAUACUGCUUAUAGGCUGGGGUCCGAUAUUAUGGAGUAUAAUAGCAGACAGCAAGGGACGCAAAAUCACAUACAUCCUGUCGCUAUUUAUCUUCUUCAUAACAAGUAUUGCAACUUCAUUCUCAACGUCGAUUGAAAUGUUGCUGGUGCUUCGUGUUGCUCAGGCUAUCGGUGGAUCGAGUGUGUUAGCGGUUGGAGCUGGCACGAUAUCUGAUCUCUUUGCUCCUCACGAGAGAGGCACAGCUAUGGGAUGGUACAUCUUAGGGCCUCAGAUCGGGCCGCUAGCAGGCCCUCUCAUAGGCGGGGCGUUCACACAGUAUCUGGGAUGGCGCUCAAUCUUCUACUUUCUCUCGGCAUACAGCUUGAUCGUACUCUUAGGCAUGGUAUUCCUUAUGGACGAAACACUCGUCCCCACAUGGUACGACCCAGAACGUGAUCCGAAAAUCACCACCUUAUACCUAUUGCGAUCGUCGGGAUCGAAACUCAGCAACCCGCUCGACACAUUUAAAUUCUUGAGAUACCCACCGAUAUCGUUGAUGAUACUGAAUUCGUGUAUCAUAUACAUGAUUGCGUAUUGUCUUGCUACGUCGUUGACGAGAGAUUAUCAGAUAAAGUAUGGGUUUAAUCCGUUUCAGGCGGGUUUGGCAUAUAUUCCAAUGACGAUUGGGAACUUGUUGGGUACUGUGUUUGCCGGUAAAUUGUCUGAUAGGGUCAUGGAGGGCGCUCGAGUCAAACUCGCUGAAAAUCUGAAACAAGAUAGAACUGCCUCGGUUCCUGAAGCUAGAUUAAAAGGUUCUCUUCUUACAUCUUGGACGGUUCCAAUUGGAUUGCUGUUACAUGGUUGGACAAUUGCACUAGGAGCACCAUUUUAUGCUCCAAUGUUUGGUCAAUUCAUUUUUGGAGCCGGACAGAUGGCACCGUUCGUGAUUGGCAACACCUAUCUCGUCGACUGUUUCGCUGGCCACUCAAGUUCCAUAAUGGCACUAAACAAUGCACUACGAAGUCUCGCUGGCUCAAUGUCUGCUCUCUUUGUCACACCUCUAGAAUCAGCACUGGGACCACAAGGAACAGGAUACCUAUUCACAUUAUUGUCUGUCACUUUCUUAUUCGCAUACGCAAUCGUGUUUUACGUAUGGAGAUAUGGUGAACAAAGCAGGCUGCAAUACCAUCGAUGGAAUCAUCAUUUGGAUGCUAAAAGUGGUUCAUCAUCGCCAAAGUCAACUACUGCUGGAGUUAUGUAUUAUGGUCCUGGAAUGGAGGGUACCAGAGAAAGAGUCAGAAGGGGUUCUGUUGCUGAGAUGUGA